CGUGCGUGAGUAAGUAGAAGUAGUCGUGUUGUGCGCAUGCAGGUGACCGUGACCGUAAGGCUACCGGGGCUCGCGACUCUCCGGGUUUGACUUCUCCACACGGGCUUUAAAACACACACACUUUGGCAUCACACACGUUGGUUGUAUCAUUUGCGAACUUCGAAUUUCAGCAUAUUCGACCUCAGACGAAAUACGUGAAGCUCGUGGCAAGUCUGGGGCGAAUAUUUGGAGAUUUCCGUGAUCUUCCCUACCCUUCGUGUCAUCGCGCGCCGCGCCGGUCACGGAGUGAAGGACUCACCCGCGCGCUCCCAUGUCGGCGGGGCUUUGCAUCCUCGUGUAACGGACACCUAGUAUAUGUUCGGCACAAAUAUGACCAGUCUGAAGAUAUGCAACAAGCUAUUUGUAGGGAGGAUGGCCUCUGAACCAGUUGAGGAUACAGAUCCCAGCAGUUUCAUAACUGACAUGUCUCAGUCGCUGAAGUCAAACUACCCUGUUCAAGUCACCGACCCACAAGAUAACAUAACACUGCAGCUCAGUUCAGUGCCUCCGAGAUACCUCAGAACACCCACAGAUAGAAUCCAACAGCCUGUUGAAAAUGAAGCCAGUGAAUUUAUCUGUCCAGGAUCCAUAACUCCAGACUUCACCAAAGACCUCCAGUGCUUGUCCAGUUCUUGUGAAAAGUACCUGUGCUCCGUGCCAGCCCCAAAGAUCAGCGACUUGCUGGACGAUGAGGACCUGCUGUCGUCUCUGCGUCUGAAGCUGGACACCACCUACUGCACCGUCAAGAACUGGAAGAACUUUGCCAGCCGCUGGGGCAUGAGCUACGACGAGCUGAUGUUUCUGGAACAGCGGAUGCGCGGCUCCGCCCUGCACAGCCCCACACAGGAGUUCCUGUUCCGCUACAGCCAGAAAUCGGUCACGGAACUCACCAAGCUCUGCCAACAGUACCAGCGCAUCGACGUCCUGAGGCUCCUACAGCAGUGGGUGGAGAACGACUGGCCUUUGCGCUGGAGAAAGUCACACUAGUGAGAGGCAUGUGAGGAUGACUCCCAGACCGGCUCAGAGAGAGAGAGAGGGAGGGAGGGAGAGAGAGAGAGAGAGGGAGAGAGAGGAGCUGGUCCGUGCUCUUAGGUCCUAGGAUGGGAUGGGAUGUGCAGCGGAACUGGACGGCACUCCAGAUGGACACAUUCCUGGGAUAUGUGCUCGCCGGACUUCACGUUGUUUACGUUUGAAUAGGGUGCUCACUUUACGUGGUCUGAAUUUUUCCUUUUCAAGAGCAGCCACACUUUCCUGUGUGGAACUGGUAGCACGCUGAACUGGUCUGAAGGAACGUAAUGCACAGCAGUUUAAACCAGACUGGAGCAGUUUAGCCAAACAAGCUAGCAGUGAAUCGUUCCCAUCACAGUGACAUGAAGUCUGCUGUUUAGAAAAAAGGUCCCAUUGGCCUCUUUUCCAAAUACCAUUUUUAAAAAAGUCCAGGAGAAUUCUGCAUAUUUUGUGUAUGUAUCUAUAAAUACAUAGAUAUAUCAGCUUUUUCUGUAUUCAUUAGUGUACAGUCAACAGUCCUAUGAGUACAUUAAUAAUAUGAUCAUUUUAAUUAAUAUGGGCAUAUUAAUAUUCAUUAUAAUUAAUAUUCAUAAGGUCAUGCAAGAGCCCAGCAAAGACUGACACGCCUACACAGUCACAGUCAGACCACUGACUUCAGAAUUCAGGAAGGCCUCUAAGAGUGGGGAAUUAUACUUUACAACUGAGUGUUUUGUGUCUGACAGCCUAUUAAGUACAAAUCCAAAGCAGACAUUCCUAAUAAGGUCAUCACACACAUCUCCAAACAGCAAGGUUUGUUAUUUCCUUUCCAUCCUUGAGUUUAGCUGUGAACAACUUCCUUUUUCUUGUUUGUUUGUUUUUCUGUUUUUACAAGAGCGUGUCAGUCACAUCUUUAUUUUAAAGUCCCAGUUUAGGCCUGAGUACCUGUUGUAUGUAACUGUGCUAAAGAACCACACAUCAUACAGGUGAAGGGUUUUUGGAUAGAAACCUCCACUGCACACUUCUACAGGUCCGUUUGAGGCUGGAAUUAGUUUCCGUUUAGAAACGUCACACAUAAACCAUGACACAAGAACUAUUUUAAUAAGUUAUCUUAACAUUUAUCAAAGAAUGUCAAUGUUUUGCAUGAUAUAUGGUGAUCUAUACAUAUUUUCGGUGUUCUUUUGAUUUGCUUGUUUUUAUUUCAGGAGGGUUAGAGGUGGCAUUACUGAAACUUUCACAAAUAAUUGAGAAUCUGUUUUGUUUGUUUUUAAAGAAACGUUAUAGCUGUUGUUCUGGGCAAAUUCAUAAUUAUGGUUAGUUAGAGAUUAAAAUGUUGAAGGCUAAACUGGGACCACAUAGGAGAAAUGUAUUCGAAUCUGAUAUGAAUUAUGAAUUAGACAACUAAUCUAAAGGACUUAAAGCGAUCUCUCUGAACUGUGUGGAUUUGUAUAUAAUCUUUUAUUGUCUGCAUGAUGACAGAACAUGGAGGUGUUACACAGUCUGAGUCAGUUUAAACACUUAAAGAUGAUUUAAAUACUUAGAUGGUUUCUGAGCAUCUGUAGCCCUUGUCUUGCCCCUAUCUAGUCUGAGGACUCUGUAAUGAAAACUCUCUGCUCUGUAUUUAAUGGUUUAAUGGAGUGAAAUGCACUCAGAACCACUUUUUCCUCGACUAGUUUAUGUUUAUUUUUUGGUCUUUAAAAGCCUUUUUUGAAGAAGCAGCACUGAACUGACUAUGGAAAGAAAGUUGGUCUAAGCUGGGGAUGUCCAUUAGAGAUCCCCAAAGUAAUACCGUUUCUAACUUGAUUUGAACUGUCAUUGAUCUUCAUUGAUAUGUAAUAAGGUUGAAAUCAUAUGGUGUGUGUGUGUGUGUGUGUGUGUGUGUGUGUGUGUGUGUGUGUGUAAGGGGUUGUGACUGUGUGUGAUAUUUGCUGUUUUCUACAUUCAUAAAUAAACAACUGAUAUUAGGCUUU